UUCUUGCCGCCAAUUUUUUCCCCGCGAGAAUGGCGACGAGUUAUGGCUGCGGAUUCCAAGCGACUGCCGUCCUAAACAGCUAAGAGAAACUUGGAAGAAGCUCUCACUUAAGUUUUGUGUCUGGAUGUUGUUCUCGUGAGAGCUUUGCUUUGGGGCGCAAUGGCAGAGCAAGGAGAAGUUCACGAGAAAUUAGAGGGUCAUGACACUAAAGAGCACAAGAUUUCCUUCCAUGAAGAAGACCACCAUGUCAAGAAAGAGUCUCUUCUCAAUGGGGAUCAAGCAGUAGCUGUGCCACUCAAGAAGCCUGUUCGCAUCGCUACACUGGACGUUUUCCGUGGCCUCACAGUAGCGCUUAUGGUGUUGGUGGAUGAUGCCGGUGGAGAGUGGCCAAGAAUCAAUCACUCGCCAUGGAAUGGAUGCACGCUUGCUGAUCUUGUGAUGCCAUUUUUUCUCUUCAUUGUGGGUGUAGCUAUCGCUCUUGCGUUAAAGAGAAUCCCGGACCAGGUGGCAGCAACACAAAAGGUCGUGAUAAGAACUCUCAAGCUUCUUUUCUGGGGACUGCUGCUUCAAGGUGGCUUUUCUCACGCACCGGACGAUCUAAGUUAUGGAGUUGACAUGAGGAAAAUUCGGUGGUGUGGCAUUCUUCAACGCAUUGCCUUUGGCUACCUGAUAGUUGCUCUGGUGGAGAUCGCUACAACCAAGAGCCGGUCGUUGGAAUUGCCAAAAGGACACUUUGGAAUUUUCAAGCUCUACAAAUGGCACUGGGCCUGCGCGUUGGCUGUUGUUAUAAUCUAUCACUCGGUUGCCUAUGGGCUCUACGUCCCUGACUGGCACUUCAUAGAUUCGGGUCAUCGUUUUGUUGUUCAAUGUGGUGUUCGAGGAGAUAUUGGCCCCGCUUGCAAUGCAGUUGGACAUAUCGAUCGCACGAUUCUUGGAAUCAAUCAUCUCUACCAAAGUCCCGAGUGGACAAGAACUCAGUCUUGUGAUUUGGAUUCACCGGCAGAAGGCGAUCCUCCCGCUAAUGCUCCAGCUUGGUGCAAAGCUCCAUUUGAACCAGAAGGGAUUUUAAGCUCAAUCUCGGCAAUUCUAAGCUGUAUAAUUGGGAUCCAUUAUGGACACGUCCUCAUACACUUCAAGGGACAUAUGAAGCGAGUUUUGCACUGGACGAUCCCUGCAGCCGCGCUUCUCGUCCUUGCAACUAUUCUCCACUUCACUCAUGCGAUUCCACUCAACAAGCAACUCUACAGCUUCAGCUACGUGUGCUUCACAGCUGGAGCUGCCGGAAUGAUUUUCUCGCUGCUCUACGUCGUGAUUGAUAUCUUUGGCAUCAACCAGCCGACUUUGAUCUUCCAGUGGAUGGGACUCAACGCAAUGUUCGUGUUUGUGAUGGCUGCCUCUGGAAUCGCUGCCGCCUUCGUCAAUGGCUGGUACUGGCACGAUCCCAGCAACAAUCUGGUAAACUGGAUCAAGAAGCAUGUUUUUGUAAACGUGUGGCAUUCCCAGCGAGUUGGAACGCUGCUUUACGUUUUGAUCGCAGAGAUCCUGUUCUGGGGACUCGUCUCUGGCAUUUUGCACUGGCGAGGUAUCUAUUGGAAACUCUGAAAUGAAAAUACUCCGCUUAAACUCGAGUC